UACAAUCGACAAUAUAGUAAACCGACAUCUGACAUAAAGUAUAGCGAAUAUAAUAAUAAUCACUAUUAUUUUAGCUAUGCCAAGUGAUCUUGGGUCAAUUAGAGCGAUCGUACUUUAGAAAAAAAAAAAUAAUUAAUCGACGUCCAAUUAGUCCUAUAUACAUAAUUUGCAAUAAUAUUGAUAGAUAUCUUUGGAGAAAUGGCUAGCUCUUCCGAACAGAGUGGUAUUGCUCAGAAGACAUGGGAAUUAUCGAAUAAUGUCGAGACCAUCAGUACCAUGGACGAGAUUUAUAGAUACGACAGGAAAGAGCAACAUGAUAUAUUAACUGCCAAACCAUGGGAGAAAGAUCCCCAUUUUUUCAAAGACAUCAAAAUAUCUGCAUUAGCUCUAUUAAAAAUGGUUAUGCAUGCACGAUCUGGCGGAACACUGGAGGUAAUGGGUCUUUUACUUGGUAAAGUAGCAGCCAACACGAUGAUUGUGAUGGAUUCCUUUGCAUUGCCAGUGGAGGGUACAGAAACUAGAGUGAAUGCUCAAGCUCAAGCUUAUGAGUACAUGACAGCUUACAUAGAAGCAGCUAAACAAGUCGGUAGACAAGAAAAUGCGAUUGGUUGGUAUCACAGUCAUCCUGGAUAUGGAUGUUGGUUGUCUGGUAUUGAUGUAUCCACUCAGAUGCUCAAUCAAAAUUUUCAAGAACCAUUCGUUGCCAUUGUCAUUGAUCCCGUGAGAACCAUCUCCGCUGGCAAAGUUUGCUUGGGUGCAUUCAGAACUUACCCAAAGGGAUAUAAACCAGCUAAUGAAGAGCCAUCAGAAUAUCAGACAAUACCAUUGAAUAAGAUUGAGGAUUUUGGUGUUCAUUGCAAGCAAUACUAUUCUUUGGAAGUAUCCUAUUUCAAGUCCUCGUUGGAUAGACGAUUGCUCGAUUCGUUAUGGAAUAAAUACUGGGUCAACACUCUGAGUUCUUCCAGUCUAUUGACGAACGCGGAUUACACCACUGGACAGAUAUUCGACUUGUCCGAUAAAUUGGAACAGUCGGAAUCUGCCUUAGGUAGAGGCUUUGUACUGGGUGGUACGGAUCCCCAUGAUCGCAGUACGGUAGAAAAACUCAUAAAGGCAACCAGAGACAGUUGUAAAACUACCAUUGAAGUUAUUCACGGUUUAAUGGCACAAAUAAUUAAGGACCGACUAUUUAAUCACGUUGGCAGUAAUGCAACUUGUGAUACUCAGCAGAAAUAAUGUGUAUUCUGUGUGUGAUAAUGAUAAUCUGCUACAGGAUAUGUAUUUGUAAUAAAGUAUAUAAUCUCCUUUAAAAUCAA